GAGAGAGAGAAAGAAGGGAGGCAAGGGGAAGGGAGGGAGGGAAGAGGGAAAGAAAAAGUAAAAGCAGUUGAUUUCAGUUGGUGAUGGUGGAGUACCAAUUGCGAUUGCGGUUGCGAUUGGGCGUGGUGAAGAGUGUAAUUGCAGUAGAGCUAUCGAUGUGCUGGUGGAAUUCCGGUGGUAGUAAUGAUCGGACCUUGUGGGAGGUGGUAGCAACGGAGGCAUCAUCAGUAGUGGUGACGGAGCCUUUUGGGGUGUUGAAGCGCCUUCGGAUGUCGGAAUAGCGGAUCGCAGUGACGGCCAUGGCUGGCCUCGCCUUGGCCGCCACCCUCAUCUACUCCCGUAGGUAAAAAGUCUUCAUUAUAAUCACCGCCACUACCACCAAAAGCACAACAAAAACCCUAGAAACUAUAGACUCACAAGAAAAGUAGUAGUAGCAGUAGAGGUAGGAGAAGAAGAAGAAAAAAAAGAAAAUUAAAAGUUACCCUAAAUGAGAGCCCUCCGUCGCACUCACACUUCAUCUUCGUCGUCAUCCAACUCCAACUCCUCUUCCUCACCGUCGUCGUCGUCGUCAUCGUGGAUUCAUUUGCGAUCGGUUCUUUUCGUCGUUGCAUCAUCCUCACCACUUCCCUCUGAUCGGGGUAGCCUUAAAUCUCCAUGGUCUCGUAGGAGAAGAAAACGUGUUCUUUCACCUCAUCAAUGGAAGAGAUUAUAUACACCAGAUGGAAAACUCCGUGAUGGUGGACUAAAAUUUUUGAAAAAAAUUCGCAGUGGAGGUGUUGAUCCGAGCAUCAGGGCAGAGGUUUGGCCAUUUCUCCUUGGAAUCUAUGAAUUGAGCAGUUCCAAAGAAGAAAGAGAUACUAUCAGAAGUCAGAAGAGAAAUCAGUAUGAGAACCUCCGGAGAGAGUGCCGGCGAAUCCUAAAAGGUAGAAUUGAGACCUCUAAGUUGAGGGAAUGUGGGGGAACCAGUAGCAAUGGGGCGAGUGGUAAUGGGGAAAACGAGGGUUUUGUCCAAGGCCUGGAUUCUCCUGGUUCAGAAGAUGUGGUAAGUGCUAGGGAUUCCCUUUCAACUGAGGAAGGUUCACCAGAGGAGGAGGAUUCAGAUCAACCUGUUAAUGAUGGAGUCCAUCGAGCCUCCAACUCAUUCGCAGAAGAUGAUGAUAACAGUGGAGUUAUACAAGCAGAUGCGUCAGCAGGCAAUUCGGAAUCGUCUGACUCAGACUCCUCUCUUGAAGAAUCUGAAGGCUUUCAAAAUUUCUCUAUCAUGGAAGGGAGUGAGGAAAAUGAUCCUGACAAGCCAGCCAAAGAAGAUUCCUCUCCCUCUAAGACAGAAGGGUGGUCCAAGGCCCACACAGAUGAAGAUUUUGCUACAUGGCAGAGGAUCAUACGCCUUGAUGCAGUUAGAGCAAAUGCAGAAUGGAUGGUCUACUCCCCAGCUCAAGCUGCAGUCUCCGAGGAGAGAGCAGUGCAUUCGGCCAAGGCUGUUGGGUUGAAGGAUUAUGACCACUUGGAGCCCUGCAGGAUUUUCCAUGCAGCUCGACUGGUUGCCAUCCUUGAGGCUUAUGCACUCUAUGACAGUGAGAUUGGUUAUUGCCAAGGAAUGAGUGACCUGCUCUCUCCAAUAAUUGCAGUGAUAGAAGAAGAUUACAUGGCCUUUUGGUGCUUUGUGGGUUUCAUGAAGAAAGCUCGACACAAUUUCAGGCUGGAUGAGGUGGGGAUAAGAAGGCAGCUUAACAUUGUGUCCAAAAUCAUCAAAUGCAAGGAUUCCCAUCUCUACAGGCAUCUGGAGAAGCUCCAAGCUGAGGACUGCUUCUUUGUAUACAGGAUGGUAGUGGUCCUCUUUAGGAGAGAGCUGACUUUUGAGCAAACUGUAUGCCUUUGGGAGGUGAUGUGGGCAGAUCAGGCGGCAAUAAGGGCUGGCAUAGGCAAAUCUGCAUGGGGUAGGAUAAGGCAGCGAGCCCCACCAACAGAUGACUUGUUGCUAUAUGCAAUCGCAGCCAGUGUGUUGCAGAGGAGGAAGUUGAUCAUAGAGAAGUACAGCAGCAUGGAUGAGAUAAUUAGAGAGUGCAAUAGCAUGGCUGGUCAGCUGGACGUGUGGAAGCUUCUAGACGAUGCCCAUGAUCUAGUGGUUACMCUUCAUGACAAGAUAUAAAAGCAUUGCAUGGUGAUGGUGCACCUUUGUUCGCUAGUUUUUCCUUUUUUUAAUUUAAUUAAUGUGGGUACCUCCCCCUUGAGUUUUGGGGGUGGUAUUCAGGUCCAGGUCCCUUCACAAAGAAGGCAUUCGAAAAGGUAAUUUCUACGAUUAAUUUAUGUGUGAUUCACAUUUCACACUAUAUUGUUCAAUCUAACUUUACUACAUUCACUGAACACCAGCCAACACGUUCUCUUUCCUCCGCCGGACUGCGUGAGGGAAGAAAAAGAAGUCCACACCCUGGGUUGUGACUUGUGAAGGAAUAUUGAAUAUUCAGGUCCACUGAUGUUGCUUGUGUUGGAUUGUUCCAUACGGUGGUGCGAUCCACAUCUCAACAGAUUCCAGAUCUUGGCAGAUAUACACGGAAAACCAAAACUCAAAAGAAAAAUUAACUUGAAGGUGGUGGUAGUCUUUCAUCCACAUUUAUACUUCUGUAUUUAUUAUUUCUCCCCGUAUAACUAUUAGCUUGAUGAUUUCCAAGUCCUAGGAUAUGAUUUAACAUCUGUACCUUCUUGUAACGGGAAUCAAUUUGGGCAAUUAAGUCUGAACAAUUGACUUGUACUCCUGAAAAUGAAUGGCUCAAUUUCAAUUUCUACCAUCAA